GACCGAUUUACUUACAAUGGACUCAAUCGACCCUAUGUACGCCCCAAGCGGCUCACGUCUUCUAUCCGAAUCUCCCCUCUCAGCAGCGUAUCAGUCUUCAUCGCACACCGGCCCCGGUGGAGACGACCUCUCACUCUCAGAACUCGAUCUCACAGCGCGCGAACCCGAACGUCCUUUCAGUCUCUUUGCUCGACCAAAGACUCCCCAGAGGACUGUCCCAAUACCCGAGCCACCUUCUGGAGACGACGAUGGCGGUGAUGCGCAUGAGCAGGAAGAGUUAGGAGGCGGGGAGGAGGACGAGGAGAAGCGAGCACGGUCGCAAGCGAGGACGAGGGAGGAGAAGCUGCAGAACGACUUGUUCGUGCUGAGGAAGUUGAACGCGACGUUUGGUGUAUAUAAUGACGCGUUGAGAGAGACGGAGUCUGCGACUGAGCGUGUGGCAGCUCAAUUGGAACAGACGGACGCUCUUCUCAAUAAGUAUGUGAACGUGAUGGCAAAGUCGGAGCGUAUCGCACGUCUCAUGUUCGAUGAGCGAUGGGAAGGAGCCGAAGCGGACGAGGAUGUGAUAGAACAAGAGGAACGCGAAAAGGAAGAACGGCGGCGGCGUGAGGAGGAAGAACGUAUUCUCGCGGUCCAACGUGAACAGGAGCGUAGAGUGCGGGAAGAGGCUGAGCGGCAAGCACGGGAGGAAAGGGCGCGGAUUGAACAGGAGAAGAAGGAUAAACUUGCAUCGAGAAGCACGAGUGGUGUACGAGGCAUCAGAGGUACGAGAGCCCAGCAGAUGCGGGGUGCUGCCACAACGCGCGGAAUCUCGAGGACAGGGACGCCACCGACAACGACAGCCAGGGGAGGUACUCGGACGACCACAGGCAGCGGUGGUACUAGUACACGGGGAUCGAUGAUUGGUAGACCGGCUUCGAUAUCUCGAGGAUCGAGUACAUCGUCGAAACGAACCUGACUUGAUGAUACCGAUAUUUGACCAA